AUGGAAGAGGAACUCUUUUGUGUGUGUAGAAAGCCAGCAGGAUACAACAGGUUUAUGAUCGAGUGCACCAAAUGCAAAAAUUGGUUUCACGGAAGCUGUGUAUCUGUGAAGAAAAGUCAAAAGACACCUGAUACUUGGCUUUGUCCAAAUUGUGUGAAAGAGUGCAAUGAGGGGAAAGACAGUGUCUCCAAAGCGGAUUUCGAGCAAGCCAGUAAUGAAAUAAAGAUUUUAAAAGGUCAAAUGUCAAAUGUGUUGAUUGUCGUGAAGUCACUCGUCAAUCAAAGCAAAACGAAAGAGAAAUGUUACAAUGAGAAAGAUGAGGAGGUGACAGCUUUAAGAGCAGAAUGUGAUGUCAAAGACAAGGAAAUAAGAAUACUCAAAGAACAAUGUGACAAGCAAAAUGAGGAGAAAGAAGUCCACGAGGAAUGCAUUAGAAAAUUAAAGCAAGAAUUAGACGCCUGUAAGAAAGGAAUGGAAGCUGAAAAGGAGGCAUGUCAGAAGCAAUUAGAAUCUGUUAAAGAGUCAUAUCAGAAAGAAUUAGAAGCCGUAAUUGAAUGUUGUAAGAAAAAAGAGGUUGAGAACAGGCAACUACUUGUCAAGCUUCAGCUAUGGCAAACGAAGUAUGAAGAGCUUAACAACAGCAGAUGUGAAAAGAAGACUGUCGUUAAUAAAGUUAAGAGCCUAUCUUUGAAGAAACGGAUGGUAUUUUCACAGCCACAAUCAGAGACAGUCUAUGAAAAAAUGGAUGAAAAUUAG